AUGUCAAUUUUCUCUGCGGAAAUUGUCUAUGCUACAUUAGCAAAAGAAUUUCUGUACUGGCACCGUGAUAGCGGGUCCUAUCCUUCGAGCCGGGACCGGAAAGGGAAUCCUUGCUCCCCGGUAACCAGAUCACAACUCAUGAAUCAAGGGCGUAUCGUCCAGCAAAAACGACAAGCAGGUCCACGAGGGGGCGCCGGUGGGCGGACUCACCCCAUGCAACGAACGGUGGCAUUGAUUCCAGUCGAUCUGGUCGCAUCAUGGGUCGAUGUGUUUGUUGGCCGGACGUGGAAAUCUCCUCGCACAGGACGGGGUGGAGCGGCUUCUCCUCGUGCGACCUGGCCCCCUAACUACCGCUCUCGGGGAUUUCAGGAGAGAAAGGCGGAUGUAGAGAUGGCUGAGUGGGUCGUCCGCCUUGUUCGCCCAGGCGCGGAAUUCGGCCCCACGACCUCAUCCGGGUGA